UGGUGGAUGAUCAUUUACCCCUGAUGCGCAGAGUUGAGGACUAGUGUGUGGACAGCGCCUUAUCAGCUUGGAAAACUGAUUGUUGCGCAUAUUACAGCAACAACAUAUACGAUUUGGGUCUGUGGCAAUGGAACCCUAAUAUCUCGUGCGGAUGUCUUCAUUUAUGGAUUGAGUAAUACUGUAACCGACCUUGUCAUUCCGACUCCAAAAGUUGUGCUGAGGGAUUCUUUAUUUGCUAUCAAGCACCUGGGAGGAAAAUGUGGAGAUAUACGAAUGUAUUAGCUUGCCUACUGGUGGUGUGUAAAGAUGUCACUGCACAGAGUAAGAUCUUUGGGGAGACAGAGCCGGUGCGGAUGACAUCGGAGGGCUCAGACUGUCGAUGUAAGUGCAUCAUGAGGCCACUGAGCAAGGAUGCGUGCCAGCAUCUGAGGAGCGGGAAAGCACGGGUGGAGGACUUCUACACGGUGGAGACCGUCAGCUCUGGAUCGGACUGCAAGUGUUCCUGCACAGCCCCUCCCUCCUCCCUCAACCCCUGCGAGAACGAGUGGAAGAUGGAGAAGCUGAAGAAACAGGCCCCAGAGCUUCUCAAGCUCCAUUCCAUGGUGGACCUACUGGAGGGGACGCUGUACAGUCUGGACCUCAUGAAGGUUCACUCCUACAUCAAUAAGGUGGUCUCCCAGAUGAACACACUAGAGGAGACAAUCAAGACCAACCUGACUCGGGACAAUGAGUUUGUAAGGGACAGCAUGAUCACUCUAACAAACCAGUUUAAGAGGUAUGAAAACUACUCAAACAUCAUGAUGAGCAUCAAGAAGGAGAUCUCCAGCCUGGGGCUGCAGCUACUGCAGAAAGACCAAACAGAGACCAAAGCUCAGGACACCAAUGAUGAGAAAACCAAAGAGACCGUAAAAAAACCUAACAAAAAGUCCCCUGCAUCUAAGCCCCCUCCCAAGCCGCCCAAGGAAAAGGUUGUAAAACCCAAGAAAGAGAGCACCAAACCUGGGAAGCCCAUCAAGCCUGACCCCACAGCCAAGGCCAAGGUGGCAGGGCACCAGCCGGGGGUAGUGAGGGGCAUCACAUACUACAAAGCAGCCAAGGUGGAUGGGGACGAGCAUGUCACAGGUGGUAAAGACAACUCUGCCAAGACUCAAACCGUCCAACACGUCAAAGAGACACACUCGGAGGACGGAGGCGCUGAAAUCAUCUUGGAAACCAUAAAGGUAACCACAGCUGACUCGACAACCACCACAGAAACUGCUGUCACUACCACGACAACAAUGGCAGCAACAACAACAACAGCCAGUACCACAAUGCCAUCUACUACCACCACCACCACCACCAGUGCAGCAGCAGUAGAGAGGCUAGACAGACCAGCUCCCACCAUCAUGCUCAUCCUGGACAACUCAGACAACAACAGCCGGCCAAUCCUACACAGAGCAGGGAAGAUCCUAGACUGUGAGGGGACCCUGGCGUCUAUCGAGCUACCAGAGAAGCAGCACAGCUAUGGGAGGAAUGAGGGAGCAUGGAUGAAGGAUCCUCUGGCAAAGGACUCCAAGAUCUACGUCACUAACUAUUACUAUGGCAACAACCUGGUGGAGUUCCGAAACCUGGACAACUUCAAGCAAGGUCGUUGGAGCAACCUCUUCAAACUGCCUUACAACUGGAUCGGCACAGGCCAUGUGGUGUACAACGGAGCAUUUUACUACAACAGAGCUUUCACCAAAAACAUAAUUAAGUACGACCUAAGGAUGCGUUACGUGGCCGCCUGGACCCUCCUGCAUGACGUGGUUUAUGAGGACACCACCCCUUGGAAGUGGAGAGGCCACUCGGACAUUGACUUUGCCGUGGACGAGAGUGGACUGUGGGUGAUCUACCCUGCCACAGACUAUGACUACUCUCAGCAGGAGGUGAUCGUCAUCAGUAAGCUGGACCCUGGGGAUCUGUCCAUGAAGAAGGAGACAACUUGGAGGACGGGCCUGAAGAGAAACUCCUACGGGAACUGCUUCAUCAUCUGUGGGGUGCUGUACGCUGUGGACGUCUACAACCAGAAGGAAGGGGAGGUGAACUAUGCCUACGACACCCACACCAACUCAGAGGCUAUUCCUCGUCUGCCCUUUACCAACGAAUACGCCUACACCACCCAGAUCGACUAUAAUCCCAAGGAGAAGGUCCUGUACGCCUGGGACAAUGGACACCAGAUCACAUAUAACAUACACUUUGUUGACCAAUGAGCACAGGGGUUUUGCGCUCAGGUAAAGUAUAGGCCAUCAGCACUAUGACAAGUUCACUAUCCCCAUAGAGAUAAGAGAGAUGCUCAGUAAUAGAUGCGGUAAAGAGGUCAAUGGAACGGGGGAUAGGAGAAGGAUGCCGGAUUGGGACACAUUCAAAUCUGAUCUAAUGAAGUGGAUAUUCAUCAAGCCCAUUAUCAUUGAUGUAUUGUAACAGGCCUACAAUGUGGUUACUAAAGUCCAAUUUUGAUAUAUUUGGCUGUUUUUGCUGCAUAACAUUUAGAAGUAGUCCCUGUUCAGGUUUAGAAGAAGUAACUGCUAAAUGGUAACUCCCGUUUGAAUAAGCUGGUAGCGUAGCUAGCACUGAGAAAUCUGUGGUGAUAGUCAAUGUUGUUUUUAGCUGUAAUGCAGUUCAUUGGUGAUUAUGACAUGAACAUGUGUUGGGGUUGACAUCCAUACAGCAUUAUACUCUGAUUUUCACCUCAAAAUAUUGUGAAAUACACAUAUAAACAAUAGCCGAAAUGUAGGUUAAUUUUAAUGGGGGGCAGUGAGGAGAUUCGGAUCUUUCCCCCCGAGUGUUUCCAUGGCAUUUUCAUUGUAUUGAGUUCUAUUGACCUCUUUACCGGAUUUAUGGACAGUCCAGCAGCGCCCAUAUUAGAUUCAAUAGCCAACAUUCCUCUUUCAAUGCAUACUAACCAAUACACUUGACAGCGUACCAUGCGUCCCGUACUCAACAAGGUUCCUGGUCAAUGUGGACUCUAUAUUGGGAUGCUAUUGUAAAUCACAAACGGCUCAUAUAUUCCAGCCAUUUGAUUUUUAUGGCCCAUCAAACUCUUAUCCUGUCACCUAGCACUAUGAUCAUCUGUAAUUGUCAUGUCAGGCCUAUUGAGAUGUUUGUUUUUAAACUUGUAUAAAUGUUGCUGCAUACUGUAGUGUUAACUGUUAAAAUUGUUUCUUUCAGUGAGGACGAGGGAUGCUUUGAGUAUAGAGUACCAGUCAAAAGUUUUGAGUUUUUAUUUAUUUUUACUUUUUCUACCUUGUAGAAUAAUAGUCAAGACAUUGAAACUAUGAAAUAACACAUAUGGAAUCAUGUAGUAACCAAAAAAGUGUGAAACAAAUCUAAAUAUAUUUUAUAUUUGAGAUUCUUCAAAGUAGCCACCCAUUGCCUUGACAGCUUUGCACACUCUUGGCAUUCUCUCAACCAGCUUCAUGAGGUAGUCACCUGGAAUGCAUUUCAAUUAUUAUUAUUUUUUUUAACCUUUAUUUAACUUAAGAACAAAUUCUUAUUUUCAAUGACGGCCUAGGAACAGUGAAAUAACUGCCUUGUUCAGGGACAGAAGGAUAGAUUUUUACUGUGUCAGCUCGGGGAUUCGAUAUUGCAACCUGCCGGUUACUAGUCCAACGCUCAAACCACUAGGCUACCUGCCAGUGUGCCUUGUUAAAAGUUAAUUUGUGGAAUUUCCUUCUUAAUGUGUUUGAGCCAAUCAGUUGUGACAAGGUAGGGGUGGUAUACAGAAGAUAGCCCUAUUUGGUAAAAGACCAAGUCCAUAUUAUGGCAAGAAAAGCUCAAAUAAGCAAAGAGAAAUGACAGUCCAUCAUUACUUUAAGACAUGAAGGUCAGUCAACCCAGAAAAUGUCAAGAACUUUGAAAGUUUCUUCAAGUGCAGUCAUAAAAACCAUCAAGCGUUAUGAUGAAACUGACUCUCAUGAGGACCGCCACAGGAACGGAAGACCCAGUUACCUCUGCUGCAGAGGAUAAGUUCAUUAGAGUUAACUGCACCUCAGAUUGCAGCCCAAAAAAAUGCUUCACAGCGUUCAAGUAAUAGUCACAUCUCAAUAUCUACUGUUCAGAGGAGACUGAAUGAAUCAGGCCUUCAUGGUUGAAAUGCUGAGAAAAAAAACUACUAAAGGACACCAAUAAGAAGAAGAGACUUACCUGGUCCAAGAAACACUAGCAAAGGUCAUUAGACCGGUGGAAAUCUGUCCUUUGGUCUGAUGAGUCCAAAUUUGAGAUUUUUGGUUCCAACCGCCGUGUCUUUGUGAGACGCAGAGUAGGUGAAGCAUGUAGGAGGAAGUGUGAUGGUGUGGGGUGCUUUGCUGGUGACACUGUUAGUGAUUUAUUUAGAAUUCAAGGCACACUUAACCAGUAUGGCUACCACAGCAUUCUGCAGCAAUACGCCAUCCCAUCUGGUUUGCGCUUAGUGGGAGUAUCAUUUGUUUUUCAACAGGACAAUGACCCAACAUACCUCCAGGAUGUGUAACCACCCGACCUCAAUCCAAUUGAGAUGGUUUAGGAUGAGUUGGACCGCAAACCGAAGGAAAAGCAGCCAACAAGUGCUCAGCAUAUGUGGGAACUCCUUCAAGACUGUUGGAAAAAGCAUUCCAGGUGAGGCUGGUUGAGAGAAUGCCAAGAGUGUGCAAAGCUUUCAUCAAGGCUAAGGGUGGCCACUGAAGAGUUUGAAGAGUUCCCACAUGUUUAACACUUUUUUACUUACUACAUAUGUGUUAUUUCAUAGUUUUGAAGUUUUCACUAUUAUUCUACAAUGUAUAAAAUAGUAAGAAUAAAGUAAAACCCUUGAAUUAGUAGGUCUGUUCAAACUUUUGGCUGGUACUGUAUAUGGACUCACAAAAACAAACACGAGUUUCUAAACUGAAGAUUUUGUAUUCACUUGUAAUUUUCCAGAAAUGUAUACUUCAUAUCUCCAUUGUUGUUGCUUUGCAUACAUUUUGUAUAAAGUUAUAUGUUAAUUUUUUGUUUGAAUGAAAACUAUACGGUUGUUGCUGCUAGUAACAUUUACACGGUCACUACAUCUGUCAUCAUCAUUUUGGCGUAUUUGUAAACCAUUACUUCAUAGGAAAUUAACUGUCAUUGAGGUCAAUUAUGUAAAUGCAUACAGAUGUACAGUACCGUCUUCUAAAGGAAUUCUAAUCCAUGAACCUCUGACAUUUUCUGAUCUAUGAUGAGUCAUAAAUGAUUGUACCUGCAUGUAGUGCAUGUACUGCCGUUAUGAAGAGUUAUGAAGACCACUAAUUCAAAUAAAGUUUUGCAUAAAUA